GAUUAUUUACUGUUCUCUUUAUAAUCUGCUUUUCUAACCAGGGGAACCACAUCAGAUGCAAUUGCCUCUUUUGUUGUCAGCCUGGAUUAUUAUAGCACACAGGCUAAAAGGUCCCCAGCUUUCCAGCAAUCAGUGUGCCCACCUUACACACAGCUCCUGGAGAAGGAUUUAAUGUGUGUGUCUGCUGGAAAUCAGAAUACCUUAUCCUUCAGUAUUAUUCUGAAUGUACUCUGCAUUUACUUUGGAUCGCUAAAAAGGAGCCGGUAUUUGGAUCAGAAGCUGCUGUUCUUAUGGGAGUCAUUAUAAACUGGCUGGCAUGAUUGCACAGGCAUUGAAGCCCUUUGAAAAUUCAGCAGGUAAGGCGCUUUAAUUAAUAAGUGGCAUGAUUCAUUGAGUGCUUUAUAUACACCAGCACCCUGUCUGGGGGGCAUGGAGUGACGUGGGGUCUACAGCUGGAGGAGGACCAACCUGCCAGAGCUUCAUCCAACAGUGUAUGUGUGUGGAUCUGGCAGACACUGUGAGGAUGCUGGCACUACAGAAUUUCACCUGGGGAUUAGAGGUGCCAAAUGCCACCAGAGAGUCAUCUCACCCACUGGGGGUCAAUACUAGCUUAUUAUCUAAGGUCUUCAUCACAGUCUUGUACAUCCUCAUCUUCCUGGUGGGCACGACCGGCAACGUGCUGACCAUCCAGCUGGUGCUGAAGAAGCAGAGCUUGCACAGCUUGCAGGGCACAGUGCACUACCACCUUGUAUGCCUGGCACUAUCUGACAUUCUUAUUCUGGUGAUCAGCAUCCCCAUCGAGUUAUACAACUUCAUCUGGUUUCACUACCCCUGGGUGUUUGGGGAUGCAGUGUGCAGAGGUUACUAUUUCUUGCGUGACAUCUGUUCCUAUGCCACUGUGCUGAAUAUUGCCAGCCUGAGCUGCGAGAGGUACCUGGCCAUCUGCCACCCCAUGAGGGCUAAGAGGGUCAUGUCCAAAAUGAGGACUAAGAAGAUUCUGGCUGCCAUAUGGGUCUCUUCCCUAAUCUUUGCCCUGCCCAUGGCUUUUAUAAUGGGAAUCAAGUAUGAGAACAUGAGCCCAGAAGGAGAGCCGGAUCCCUCUUCACUCAUCUGCACUAGUCUGGUGUCUACAGCUACUCUGAAGAUCUUCAUCCAGGUCAAUGCAUUUGUUUCCUUUGUCCUUCCGGUUACGCUGAUUGGUGGUCUGAACUGCAUCACAGUAAGCCAUCUUGUGUCCCUGCGAUCUCGCUCAAGUCUGAUCGUCCAUUCCUCCUGCAAGAGCCCUCGGGCUUCCAAGGAAUUGCGAAAGUCUCAGUCUUCACCCGGAAAUCUAUCCAGGAUUCCCAUUGGAGGAACCAGCUGGAAGAAGAACCUCACGGUGUCCAGUGAACCCAACCGUAUACAGUCACUGCAACACAGCAUUUACAUGCUCAGAGCCAUUGUGAUAGCAUACAUUGUCUGCUGGUUACCAUAUCAUGCCAGAAGACUAAUGUUCUGCUACAUCCCGGAUGAUGAAUGGUCUGGGUCCCUUUACACGUUUUACCAUUACUUCUAUAUGCUGACCAACACUCUCUUCUACAUCAGCUCAGCUGUGAAUCCAGUCCUUUAUAAUGUGGUCUCCUCUUCGUUCCGAAAACUCUUCCUGGAGACCCUCAGCCCAUCCUGCAGUAAACAAAAUGGCGAUUUCUCCAUAAAAUCGAGUUCCUCGCACAUCAGACCGGACUGAUGUCUUCUCCUCUGUCUAUUGUAUGGAGUAAAGAUUUUCAGAGCAAACUGGACAAAUAUUGUUACAUAAGGAGUUACAUUAAGUGUUUAUAUGGCACACUAGUGCAUUUCAGUCAUUAAGGUCAUAUUUAUAUUGAAGUCCACCUGUGCUGCACAGACCCAACUUAGUGGUUGGUUGGUGGAUGAUCUUGUGGUCAGUCUACCAAAAAGGGCGAGACCCCCUUUAUACUAGUUGUAACAAGUGGGUGGGGCUAUGUACCUGGGUACAGAUAACUUUCUGCUAGGGUCCCUUUUUCAGAAAUAAGCAGCCAGAAGAAGAAAUCAACUUACCAAUAUCUAUCUCAGUUUGGGUAGACUUUGAAAUUUUAUAAAGAUAUAGUGUACUAGUACUAGUCUAAAAAACAUCCUAUUAACUGGGACAUAUCCACUUCCUUCAUCGCUCCAUGGUCUGUUACCAACAGCUGGAUGUCUGCAAAUGUACUAAUAAUACUGGGACAAUGAUCGCUGGUCACACCUAGAAAUAAAUUUAUUGUACCAUU